UCUGAUCUCUCACUUUGCACUUGGACUUGGACACGAGUUGACCUCUUGCAAACCCAAACUGUGGAAAGAUAACUCUUGGCGAACUGAAACCUGGAAAGAAUCUACUGAUCUUGUUGAAAAACAAAACUACUGGAUCACUCAACUAUUGUGGAAAACCGAAGAGCCUGAAAAUGGCCCUCAGGAGACCACUAAUCAACGAGGAACGCCUGCUGAUGGGAGUCGCUCAUGAGUUGGGCAAAAACCGUGCAGGUGCUGUAAACUACAUCAUCGAACGUCCCGCAGAAGACGGCCUCCCUGAAGUCAUCAGGAUUGUCGACGUUGUGGAUGAGUUUGAGGAAGAUGGUCAUCAACUAAUGGAGAUUGACCAGGGGCAGGAUGAAGACACCGAUGACGAGGAGGAGGAUGAAGACACCGAUGACGAUGAGGACUGGUCUGACGGGGUCAGCGAAGAUUCUGGGUAUGACUCCAUGUACGAGGAUGAAGACUUUGAAGACGAUGAUGAUGACAACGGCAGACCUCGCUCCCCUCUCAUCCAGCAGUUCCCACCUGAAAACGUUUUGCGGGGAUGGCGACCAGUGUGUCCUCCUGUUCCUGCUGCUGUUCCUGUCGCCGGUCCUGUUGCUGAACCUCUUGAUGUCUUCGCUCGUAUUCCUGACGCUGUUCCUCAGCGGCUGAUGGGACCACCUGAAGAAGGUCUACCCUCAGUGUCUCAACGGUCGGACGAGUCUGCUGCCUCAACCUCAGGCCUCGGCUCCUCCACCAAGAGGAGUAGGGAAGGGAGCGACACAGAGCAGGUAAGUGCUAAGAGGCAGAGGUGGAAUUUUGAGGAAAGCCACGAGGAGUCAGCACCCUCAACUUCAGGCUUCAGCUUCUUCACAAACGGGAUCAGGGAAGAGAGCUACAGGGAGUCAGCGCCCUCAACUUCAGGCCUCAGCUCAUCCACAAACAGAAGAUACUGCCUGGGUCCUUUUGAGUACCAAAUGUGGGCUGAUGACAGCGACUCCGAUUAGGACUGACAGCCCUCUUUACUGCAGGAAUGGAAAACCUUUGGAUUUGGCAGGGCUGGUGAAGCCCCAGGUAACCUUCCCACGCGUCUGGCGGGGUUGGCGAAGACUUAGGUAGCAUCUCGCACCAGAGAUCGAUUUUCCUUUUGAAUAAUAGUUCCCAUUUUAACAGUAAGGAUGUAUGGAUGUAUGCAUUUAUGUAGUGCUUUGAUCCAAAGCACUUUCUGAUGUGUCUCUCUUUCACCCAUUCACACACACACACACACACACACACACACACACACACACACACACACACACACACACACACACUGAUGGCAGCAAGCUACUUGUUCUUUGAUUGUUUUAACUAAGCUGUAGAUGCGUAUAGCAGAGGUAAGUUAACAAUUCAUAACAGCAUUAACAAAAGUGUCCUGCAAAUUUUGUAUUUCACUUAUGUAAUAGUUCAGAGAUUAUUAAUCUUACUUUGUUAUACUGUUAUGUAUUUUUCUUUAUAAGGUGUAGAUGGCUAUGCCAGACAAAGGUAAAUUAAUACUUAAUGACAACAUUAACAAAAGUCUCCCGCAAAUGCUGAUGUCCCUCACUGGUAAUUCAAAGAUUGUUUAUUUUACUCACUCUGUUGCACUAUCUUGUUUUUUUUAGUUAGGCAUAGCUGGCUGUAACAGACAGAGGUAUUAAUGCUUGGAACAUGGAAGACUGAGACUCAUCCAGGGUUUCCUUGACGACAGAGAAGAUGUGUUUCCUCCGGACCAGUUGAGCAGGAUGGAUGGACAGGACCAGCUGGAGAGCAGUGGUCCCCUUUCUCGGCUAAGGCAGGACUCCUCUGUGUUUUUAGCAUUCCUGGGGCAGCUGAGAGUGGAUGUCAGCCAUCCAAUCAUCCCAGGAAGACCCCGCACCACAGCAGACCACUGAACCACUCUCAGCAACCUACUUGUCUCCAUCCAGGCACCAAGCACUGUCUGAGGACCCAGUGAGGACAAGUAUGAUCCCCCUUGCCUCUCCACCCCGACCCCCGACACCACCCUCUUCACCCACCAGCCAACAGGAUGGGGAGCGCCCUGGGCCAACCAGCACAGAGGACGUUGUUACCAUCUGCUUCUUCUGUGCUGGUGGGUUUUGGAAGCUCCUCACACACACAC